AUGGCGGAUCAUGUGCAUAAUGUGGGUGUGGAUGGCAGUCUGGAUGUGACGGAGAAGAAUAGGGCGCAUUGGGACUCCUACGCCUCAACCUACGACACGCGGUUCCAAAAGACCAUGGAGCAACUAAUCUCCAUCAUCCAAGAACCGCGCACCCUCUCCUUCAUCGGCGCCAACUGGGUAAGCGAUUCCCCAGAGUCCAGUGACUCAAGUGAACCCACCCCCAACCACACCAUCAAACUCCUCGACUACGCCUGCGGCACCGGCCUCAUCACCCGCGCCCUACUCCCCACCAUCACCCGCGCCAUCGGCAUCGAUCUUUCCUCCUCCAUGGUAACACACUACAACGCGCGCGCCUCCAACCAAGGACUCGCUCCCUCUGAAAUGUAUGCCUAUCACGGAAACUUGCUCUCCGACACCCCGCAACCGGAAUUAGAGAGUGAAGAUCUGUACGAAUUUGACAUUGCGGUUGUGGGAUUGGGAUUUCAUCAUUUUGAGAAUCCGGCGUUGGCGGCGAGGAAAUUGGGGUCGAGGUUAAAGAAGGGGGGCAUUUUGGCCGUGGUGGAUUUUGAAAGUCAUGAUGGAUUUGGGAAUGCGCAUGAGCAUGGGCAUGCACAUGCACACGCACACCAGGACGUGAAGUUAAAUGCACAAUCGGAAAAAGCACGAGAAACAGUUACUCAUCAUGGAUUUUCCGAGGAAGAAAUCAAGAAGAUUUUCGUGAAUGCGGGUGUUGGUGCGGAUUUUGGAUAUAUGGUUUUGGGGAAGGGGAUAGUGUUUCACGGAACAGGAGAAGAGGGAAAGAGGAACGAUUUGAAGAGAGCGGUGUUUAUGGCGAGGGGUGUCAAGUUGUGA